AUGAUACACCUUCUGGACCGAAUGGAACCUCGUCCACGUGCACGGAGCACCUCCAGUGCUUCAAAGUACGGUCCUUCAAGAAGAGGCUCCAUUUCAUCCCCAAAGGCCACCCCCAAGUCUGGAUAUGACUCCUCAAGUUCCUCAGACAAGGAUGGCAUGGCUGGAGAAUUAGAUCAGAUCGGCCGUUUGAGCAUCCCGUCAUGGCCAUCGUUGAAAGAGGGCUUCCCGAACUUCUCCGGCUUCCCCAGCUUUGGCAAUCUACCUCAGCUCCCGUCUUUUGAUCUACCCUACUUUGAUCUAUCCGAGGUCUCCAAAUAUGUUUCACAAUACAUGAACUCCUUGAAGGGCAAGGACGGCGCCGAGGAGGACCCGGAGCGCAUGAACUCGGUCAAAACUGCCGUGGCUACAAAGAUACAGAUGAACAGUUUCCUACAAGACUUGCGAAACGGCCGAUCCCUUCAAGCUGCUAUUGAUAGACUACAGCCACUCACGGAUUUAAUCCAUGAGGUCAUUACUCUUCCUGUGGAUGGCGACGAAGAGCUCGAGAAGGAGCUGGAAACGGCAUUUGAGCCCGAAGGUGUAGGUGAAAUUGUGAACCGUGACCAACCAUUAUUGACCCAACUAGUGCCCCCUGAGGGAGAGGAAAUUGAUGGGCUUUUAGAUCCAACGCACAGACCCAGGCGAGACAGACAUAGAAACAAGGCCCAUAGGCUUUUUAAGCGUGCUGGCAGUGUUGUGCUUUCGGAUGAUACCCAGACAGGGAGCGACUUAGACUAUAUGGAUGAACUCACGCCUGAGGAGGCAAGGGCACUCACACAUUUGGAUUCGAUAGAUGACUUUUACAAAGAGGAUCUUCUCCGCAGCAAGAUCCAGAAAAUUCAAAAUUUGGCCGACCUCAGUCAGCUGUCCAAGAACAAAUUGGUAACGCGUCUCAUGAUGGGCAACUAUUACAAGUACAUCAACGAGAAGCUCUCGGAAGAAAAGGGCUUUUCAUUGCGGAAUCAGGCUGGACUCCACUUGCCGGAGGAGAAAGACAAGGAGUGCAAACAUGAGGUCGAGGAGCAACCACCAUUAACGAAUGACGAAGAAUCAGGGGACGAGAGCAUGGAGGAAGUGGACGAUGAUGAGGUGGUUUUGACUAGAGAGGAUACAUUGCCAUCUUGGUUUGAUAAAGAGAAGAACAUUUUGGGUUGCAGCCAUUACCAAAGAAAUUGCAAACUUGAAUGUCCCACAUGUCUCAAAUGGUACCCUUGCCGAUUCUGCCACGAUCAAGAGGUUCUGGACCAUAAGCUUCAACGAAACGCUGUCAAACAUAUUCUUUGCAUGAAGUGCAAUGCUCCUCAGGUUCCAGACACCGCAUACUGUGUCAACUGUGAAGAGGAACUAGCAAACUACUUCUGUCUCAAAUGUGUGUUGUACGACAAUGACCCCAACAAGGAUAUUUACCACUGUGAUAAAUGUGGUAUUUGCCGUUUGGGCCUUGGAAUUGGCAAAGACUACUUCCAUUGUGACGAGUGCAAUAUCUGCCUAAGCAUCGACUUGAAGGAACAUCACAAGUGUGUGACCAAUACCACCCAUUGCAACUGCCCCAUCUGCAACGAGUAUCUUUUUGCAAGUGUCAGCAAGGUGGUUUUCAUGAAAUGUGGCCACCUGAUCCACGAGCUGUGCUACGACGAGAUGGUGAAACAUUCAUACAAGUGCCCUGUUUGCAAGAAGACCGUGGUGAAUGUCGAAACACAAUUCAGAAUCCUCGAUCAGGAAAUUCGUCAGCUGCCUCUUCCCCACCCAUACAACAUGUGGAGGUGCAUCAUUAGCUGCAACGACUGUAAAGGCAAGUCAAGUUGUCAAUACCAUGUGCUUGGGCUCAAGUGCAAGUAUUGUCAAAGCUACAACACCAACCAGCUCAAGCUCAUAAAGCCGGAGGAGGAGAGUGUCGACAAUUCCGCAGAAGAGGAGCUGGACGGCGACAAUGAUCGUAUUGCGUCGAUGCGGCUCAUGCAAACGAACCUCAGCAGCAACUUCAUCAUCGACGAGCAAACGACAGACAACAACACUGAGUACGACGCAGACUACAACAGUGAUGGUGAGGAGCUGGAUGACCAAGGCGGCAACUCCGGCAGCAUAGUGAAUUUCCGCAGGCUCACCAAAUCGCUACUAGGAAAGAGAGACGUUGACAGGACUUCAAUAACGGCAGUUUUCCAAAACUUUAUCAAUAAUACGAUGUCGGAGAUGAACUCCGAUAACGAAGUGCACGCCUUCAUUUCUUCGGCAGCUCUGGUCACUCAUUUUGUUUCUCCCCAGAACUUGAUCAUACGCCCACUCAUGCUCUUGUGGCUUCUAAUAACAUUUCCAUUCACCUACUUCUUCGAGCAGGAGUAUCCUCAAAUUCUCAGCAACAACUCGCCGACCUCCCAGGAGGAGCAGCGGGAGAAGAUUGAGUUGCUCAAGCAAGAGCGCAUCAUGGCCAACCACAUCAAGUCACCCUCUUCCCUGUCGAAACUAUUCCCAUUAUCCCGAAAUCCCGACAAAAGAAAGAAGAAGAAGGUGCUCAUAUUAGAUCUAGACGAGACGCUUAUUCACUCCCUCUCGCGAGGUGCUCCCGGUCACUCGUUGAAAGUCAACAACGUCUCCACACUAUACUAUGUUUAUAAAAGACCCUACUGCGAUUUUUUCCUCAAAGAGUUGAGCAAGUGGUUUGAGCUUCAGAUAUUCACUGCCAGCGUGCAAGAGUAUGCUGAUCCCAUUAUCGAUUGGCUAGAAAUGGACUUGAUCGACUACAAGAAGGUCCAAGGUGCCCAGCGAGACCCGCCAAGCAAGGUGUUCACCAAGCGCUACUACCGUAACGAUUGCACGUACAGACAGGGCGUCGGAUACAUCAAGGAUUUAUCCAAGUUCUUCCCGAAGGACGACGAUCUCAAGAACGUGAUCAUCUUGGACAACUCCCCAGUGAGUUAUGCUUUGCACGAGCACAAUGCCGUGAUGAUCGAAGGCUGGAUCAACGACCAGAGCGACAGAGACUUGGUAAACCUUUUGCCCAUGCUCUACAGUUUGAGUAUGUGUAUUGACGUGAGGUUUAUCUUGGAAUGCGGAGCGGCGAAAAACUCUUUGAGAGUUUAUGAUAUAGUUAAUGAUUCAUGA